GCCGUUUUAGGAAAAUUUCGUCUGAAGAAAACACGAAAAUAUGAGAAAAUUGCGCGAACUACCAGUUACACGGAAUCAUCAAUAAAGAAAAUGUGACUUUCCCUAGCAGCUAUGGAAAAGAAAAUAGCUCCACCCCAGCACUAGUUUCCAUUAGAUAGGAUAGAAGAAAUGAAAAUGGUUCUGCUACCAAGGACCAUUUUCCUUUUGUUAAUGUACAAUGUGAUGAUGCCAUGUAGAUCAGACCAAAGAGAUAGUAUUAGAACUUUUCAAGAAAUUAUUAAAGAGUCUAGAUUGACCAAAAUGGGAAACUUCCCCAUAACCUACCCGGAGCAAACCAGGUCCGGCCUGAGGACGCAACGACCCUUCUCCAGAUCGACACCCUUCCCGUGCGCCGCCGCGACGCGUCCUGGCGUCGGGCGGUCUCCGCAGCGUCCGACAAGCGUCCAUCGACUCAGGCCUGGGGACAUAGACGUCGUGGCGGCCCUUGGUGACUCGCUGGUGGCUGGUAAUGGAGCCUUGGAGGAGUACGCUCUGGGGACGAUGAUCGAGCAUCGGGGGGUAUCCUGGUGCGCGGGUGGUCAAGGCACAUGGAGGGAAUACCUCACCCUCCCAAACAUCCUGAAGGAGUUUAACCCCAACCUGACGGGGUAUUCGACGGGCACCGGGGAGUUUUUAUCGAAACAUGCUAAGCUGAAUGUCGCUUUCCCGGUUGCAGCAGAUGCUGACGCCCUGAGACAGGCGAAGAUCCUCCUGAAGAAAAUGAAGAACGAUAGAGGUAUCGACAUGAAGAGAGACUGGAAAAUGAUCACAAUUUUCUUUGGUGCGAACGACAUCUGCUCAGGCCAAUGCUUCGACAAGAUUGCCGCUUCUGCAGAGAAUCACGUGAGGAAAUUGGCCAGAGCGCUAGAUUUCUUGCAGAAGCAUUCCCCAAGAACCUUCAUAAAUUUGAUUCCUGUGCUAGAUGUCUCGGUCAGUUUGAGGAUAAAAAGAACGAUCACUUGUCGGCUUCUACACCGACUGUUUUGUGAAUGUUUUCAUCGCGGCGGGAACGAAAUGGACGUCAUCACCAGUUUGACCAAGGCGUACCAACAAGCAGAACAAGAACUAAUCCUCAGCGGGCGGUACGAUAACAAAGAGGACUUCACCGUGGUCCUGCAACCGUUCAUGAAGCUGUUCAAUGCACCCGAGGACCCCGUUCAUCGGCUCGACGAAGUCAUCGACAUCUCCUACAUCACUCACGACUGCUUCCAUUUCUCGCAGAAAGGCCAUGCCCUAGCUGCCAACAUGCUGUGGAACAACUUGCUACAACCUGUAGGAAAGAAGAGUUCCGUCAAGUUGCAGUAUGUGAUGCAAAGUUUUGAAUGUCCAAAGCCAGAAUCUCCUUUCCUUUUCACUAGCAGAAAUACAAAGGAGUUUCUACAAACUGGAUACAAGUGAACUGAUCCAUUCCAUCGACAUCCAACGACGAAAUAUGAAAGACCUGAAUACUCUUGUGAAAUCCAUUUUUGGGCUAAGAGAACAUUAGGAGUAUACAGAUACGUUAGCACUAAUAUUUGCGAACAAAUAUUUCAAAUUCUAGGGCAUUUCUCAAAUAUGAAGGUUUAAGUUGAAUUGAUACUACCUGAACUUCUCCGUUUCCAGAUUUAUGAAUAAAUUUUCAGAAGAUUAUGGAACUCAAUUCUGCUAAUUUAAUCAUACCAGAGCAUUCAGUAGUCAUCUAGUACA